UCUUGGCACGACUUAAUAGUUAUUGGCCAUUACUACCUAGCACUGAUACUGGGUGGGUCCCUUAUAUUCUAUUGCUUUGACCCUGUGGAACUUGAUAACCAACUGUAGGAUUAAGUUGUUGACCAAACCCUGUUUAUUUUCAUAGCUGGAAGAGCCUCUAUUAUCCUCAUAAUAAAUAGAAUUCAAGAUAGGAGACAGAGGCUGCAGCGAAUGAAGCCUAUAAAGGGGAAGGCAUGUCGGAGAUUCAGAAAAUCUGCCAAGACGAGGAGGGUGACCCAGAGGAAGCCAUCUUUAGCGCCUGUAUGCCGGCUAUGCCUUCAAGAACCUGGGGAUCCUGAAAAAUUAGGGGAAUUUCUUCAGAAAGACAAUCUCAGCGUGCACUAUUUCUGUCUUAUUCUAUCUAGCAAGCUGCUUCAGCGGGGCCAGUCUAACAGAGGUAUCCAUGGAUUCCUGCCUGAAGACAUCAAAAAGGAGGCAGCCCGGGCUUCUAGGAAGAUCUGCUUUGUGUGCAAGAAAAAGGGAGCUGCCAUCAACUGCCAGAAGGAUCAUUGCGUCAGAAACUUCCAUCUUCCUUGUGGCCAAGAAAGGGGUUGCCUUUCACAAUUUUUUGGAGAGUACAAAUCAUUCUGUGAAAAACAUCGCCCAACACAGGACAUCCAACGGGGGAAUGUGGGAGAGGAAAGCUGCGUCUUAUGUUGUGAAGACUUGUCCCAAGCAAGUGUUGAAAACAUCCAGAGUCCAUGCUGUAGUCAAACUCUCUACCACCGAAAGUGCAUACAGAAAUAUGCCCACACAUCGGCAAAGCAUUUCUUCAAAUGUCCACAAUGCAACAAUAGAGAAGAGUUUCCUCAAGAAAUGCUAAGAAUGGGAAUUCACAUUCCAGACAGAGAUGCCGCCUGGGAACUCGAACCAGGGGCUUUCUCAGAGUUGUAUCAGCGCUAUCAGCAUUGUGAUGCCCCCAUCUGUCUGUAUGAACAAGGCAGAGACAACUUUGAGGACGAAGGGAGGUGGAGCCUCGUUCUAUGUGCCACAUGCGGAUCCCGUGGAACCCAUAGGGACUGCUCCUUUCUUAGAUCCAACAGUAAGAAAUGGGAGUGUGAGGAGUGUGCACCUUCGCCAGAAGGCUCAGACUACUUACCUGAAAACUCAGGUGGCAUCCCCCGCCGCAGCACCUUCUACUCUGGGGGUCAUGACUGCAGAGACACCAGCUUGGAGGAGAAUUCGGGCCCUUCUUGGACUGAUUGGCCAGAACCUUCUUUAUUAGAGAAACCAGAAUCCUCUGGUGGCAGGAGGGGCCACUUCUGGUGGUCCAAGGGUGUCAAAUCACUAAAAGCUGCAACCAAUACAAGUAACAGCUUCUAAGUAGUUGCUGCCAAGCACAUUUGGCCACAAAGCUCUGCUCCUCCACCAAGUUUGGGGAGGGAGCCCUUUGGGACUGUGAGACUAUGAACAAGGAAAGAGAAGUCCCAGAGAGUGAGAACAGAGCAGUCCAGAUGCCAACCGCAGAACAUGUGUACGGCUAUGAUAGCUAGCACCUCUGUUCUUUCUGUUUCCAGAGGGUCCUUUCUUCUCUUCCACCAAGAUUCUUCCACCCUAAUCUGGUGCUCCUAUGCCUCUUCUUACUUCACCCAAGUUUGUUAUGCAAAUAAAGGCUUUCUCUCCA